GUGGGUCUAAUUGUUUACAUCAUGGCGUCGGUAGAUUUCCGAGAAAACCUUCUUGGGAUUUCCUGGGUAGACAGCGGUUGGGUGCCGAUCCUUAACCCUGGAAAUGUACUAGACUAUUUCUCUGAAAGGAGUAACCCUUUUUAUGACAGAACCUGUAACAAUGAGGUAGUUAAGAUGCAAAGGCUGACCCUGGAACAUCUCAACCAAAUGGUGGGAGUGGAGUACAUUCUUUUACAUGCUCAGGAACCUAUUCUUUAUAUUAUUAGAAAACAACAGAGACAAUCUCCCACCCAAGUUAUUCCUUUGGCUGACUACUACAUCAUAGCUGGAGUUGUGUACCAGGCUCCAGACCUGGGAACAGUCAUCAGCUCUAGAGUGCUGUCUGCAGUUCAUGGUAUUCAGUCUGCAUUUGAUGAGGCCAUGUCUUAUUGCCGCUAUCAUCCAUCAAAAGGUUACUGGUGGCAUUUCAAAGACCAGGAGGAGAGAGAAAAGACCAAACCAAAGUCAAAGAAAAAAGAAGAACCUAGCUCACUGUUCCAGAGGCAUCGGGUUGAUACACUCCUGUUAGAUCUGAGGUCAAAAUUUCCUCCAACAUUUUACCAGCCCAAACCUGGUGAAAAGCCAAUUCCAGUUGAGGUAAAGAAAGAGCCUGAACCUCCAGCUGAAACGGUCAAACAGGAGGAAAGGGAACCAGCAACAAAGUCCUCUGCUCCAUCAGCUCCCCCAAGUAAACCACCACCAGAGAAACGAGCCAGACUCCAGUGACCUACUCUUCUACCACUCUGUUCAAAAUAAACCACAGUAAUGGUUGGAUUCUUCACCCGAACUGACGCUCUUCUCAAAUGACAGUAUUUAGUGGCCCAAAUUAACUAGAGGAUUAUUUUUGGAGUCCUGAUUGCAUCAUCACUUGAAAUCAUUUUACUCAAUUUACAAAAUGCGAAAAGUGAACUUAUUAGUGUUUGCCACUAGUACUUCUUUAUCACCAUCCAGCAUUUGCAAAUUUUGGCUUUAAGAUGAUGGUUUAUUAUAUUGUAAGCGUAUGUGAGAAUAUAUUCUUAUGAACGUGGGUUAAUACCUUGUUCAUUGCUGCAGCUGUAUUGCUGUUUAUGCAAAUGAUGAGGCUGCUUAAGCUGACACAGCAUCACUAUCAGUUUACGGUCGACCUCAGCAUUCUGUUGCAUUGAGUACCUCUUUGUUAUCAGCCUCCUCCAACAUGACAAAAGAGGUUAAAAGAUAAACGUUUUCUCUGUAUACAUGUAUAAUUUACCUUUUUAGUUUUUUGUCUAUUUUUGUGUCUAUGGUAUUUUGUUUUGUAGUAAAAUAUAUCAACUCAAAAA